AUGCGAUCGGUGGAGUCCAGAGGAAAACACCACAGACUGGCAAAUGCACAGGAGGUGCAUAAGGGUUUGACCUUGAGAGGGUUCAGCGUGUCCCAGCUCGUGGUGGAGGCCGACACCUUUGGGAGUCAAGUGAAAAUAAGAGGAAAAGAGACAAACUACUACUUGUGCAUGAACCGUAAGGGGAAGCUUAUGGGGAAGAAAGACAGCAGCAUAAACGGAGGCUGCAUUUUCAUUGAGAUAAUGCUUGAGAAUAACUACACCGCUUGGAUGUCAGUGCACUAUGUGGGCUGGUACAUUGGCUUCACCAAAAGGGGCCGACCACGCAGAGGUCCGAACACGUUACCCAACCAGCGAGACGUGCAUUUCAUGAAACGCUUCCCUCCAGGAGAGCAGCCCGACCUGCAGUCCUGCAGCUUUACCACGGUCAGCAAGAGGAGCAAAAGAGUCCAGCAGACCUCCACUGCUCCUCCACCUCUCCAGUAAUACUACGAACACUGACUGUUGCGCAAAGAUCACAUCUUACAGAGGAUCUAGAGACGCUCUUCCGUACAACGCAAGUAGGUUAGGCUUUAGGACCGACCGCUCAGUAGAAGUCACAGUUAGAGGACAGACAAGGUUGCUUAAACAUUGUGUAAUCAUGCAAAUAUAACCAAAGACUCCUGGGCAAGUGUCCAGUCACUAAACCCUGACAAGGGGACCAAGCACUUCAGAGGCCAAAGAAUUCCCCUCUAAUGUCUAGUGCCACUAUAAAAGAGCAGAGUUGUAUGGCUGGAAAACUGGCAAGUGCGUGGUAUAAUAUGCAUUAGUUGAGACUUUGCGACUUGGAUGCUUAUGACCAAAAGGGCAAUUAAAGGACCUACUUUGUGAACUCAUCAAAUUCAACUUUGGGCCUAUAAGAGCCAUGAGAUUGUAAACCAGAACCAAAGUCAUUCAGAAUGUAUUUGUCAAGAAAAUCUUAUUAGACAUCCUGAUGAACAUGUAGUUUUGGUUUUGCCUCCGAUAUUUCACAUUUCACCAGGACUCUUUCAUAUUCUUUCAAUGAAAAAGUGUAAUUUAAAUGGAGUGAUAUACACUACCGUUCAUAUGUUUGGGGUUGGUA